CCUAACGAACGUGCUAAAUUCAUCUCGAUGAGUGUGAUCGGAGUGUAUGGUGGUUCCAUAUCAUCUUUUGUGGUAUCUGGAUGGAUGCUUCAGGAAUGGAAAUGGCCCAUGGUGUUUUACGUCUCUGGAAUUGUUCUCUUCAUUUGGACUUGUGCUUGGUGCUCGGUGGUGAAAAAUGAUCCUUUUGAUGAUAAAUGGAUAUCUGAAGCUGAAAAGAUGUACAUCAAAAGGGAGCUUGAUAAUGAAGCCCGGGAUGGUGAAGAGCUCGAAUACCCUUGGAUGGAUAUCUUGACCUGUGUGCCUUUUUGGAUCGGUUGCUUGUGUAAAUUCAUGACUGGAGUAGGAUUCACAUUCACCACGAUGUAUUUACCUCAGUAUAUUAAAGAUACCACUGAUACAGAUAUUAAACGAAUUGGAUAUAUUUCGGUUAUUCCUCAGAUAUGCUCAGUUAUCGCGAUGCCAUUGGCUGGAUACCUUUUUGAUAAUAUUAGAUCAAACAAGAGAUUGUCUUUGACCAAUGCUCAUAAAUCAUACGCUUGUCUUGGUUUACUCAUGAGUGCCGGAGCAUACCUGGUAGCUGGUUUGUGGUCAAAUUUUACUAUUUGCAUCGUUUGUGUAUCCCUGUUCUCAUUUUUCAUCACUUUUGUGGUGCUGGAAAUUCAAGUCCUGUUGUUGGAUUUGGCCCCCAGAUAUGCUGCUUUUAUGCAUGCAAUCGCCACCUCAGGGUAUACUUUGGCCAACGUUCUGACUCCAAUUACUGUUGGGUUGAUUGUCACAUCUAAAAGUCGUUUACUGUGGAGCAGUUGCUUCUUCAUAUUUAGUGCUCUGUAUAUUUUGGUGGCGUUGCUGUGUUUGAAAUUCAGUUCGGGUCAACUACAGAAAUGGGCUAAUUACUCGUCCACUGAACGAGGAGAUGAAAUGAAGAAAAUGCGCAAAAAUGUACAAUUACCGAAUAAGUAA